CGGCGCCGGCACCGCCGCCCAGCGACCCGGCCGCGGUGGCUCUGAGCGCGUUGCGGCGGGCGCGGGCGGCGGCGGCUCUUUCCUGUCCGUCGGUCCUGGGACCUUCGCCUGCUUCCCCGCACGGGGACGGGGCGCGUUCCGGCCCGCAGCGGAACGGGGAUGCCCGGCCCGCGGCCCCGCCGCUCUCACGAUGAGGAAGUUGAGGCUCAGCGACGCCAGGUGAUACACUCACAUCCACAGAAGAAGUGAUCGCGGUGCAGGAACCAGGUUGGACGGACCGGCCCAGGCGGGAGCAGGAGCUCUUCCAGCAGGUCCCUGGUCUGGAGAGGGGUGGGGAACUGUGAGGACAUGGGCAGGGAAGAGCAUCACUAGAGGAGGUGCCACAGAACAAGACAGUUUCAGCGACGGAGAGCAGGUGGGUCUGCUGUCGCCAGGCCCAUGCCUUGAGGCCAGGAGGUGCCCCGCCGCUGGCAUGCCGUGGGACACGCGGCGGCCCGGGGGUGGCGCGGACGGCGGGCCUGAGGGCACGGGCGCUGCGCGCUCCCGGGCACAGAAGCAGUGCCGCAAGUCGUCGUUCGCCUUCUACCAGGCGGUGCGCGACCUGCUGCCCGUGUGGCUGCUCGAGGACAUGCGCGCCAGCGAGGCCUUCCACUGGGACGAACGCGGGCGCGCCGCCGCCUACUCGCCGUCCGAGGCGCUGCUCUACGCGCUCGUGCACGACCACCAGGCGUACGCGCACUACCUGCUGGCCACGUUCCCGCGGCGCGCGCUCGCACCGCCCAGCGCCGGCUUCCGCUGCUGCGCGGCUCCCGGGCCGCACGUGGCGCUGGCGGUGCGCUACAACCGCGUGGCCAUCCUGCGCUGCAUCCUGCGCACCGUGCGCGACUUCCCGCCCGAAGAGCGCGCGCGCGUGCUCGACCGCCGCGGCUGCAGCCGCGUGGAGGGCGGCGGUUCGUCGCUGCACGUGGCCUGCGAGCUGGCCCGCCCGGAGUGCCUGUUCCUGCUGCUCGGCCACGGCGCCUCGCCCGGCCUGCGCGACGGCGGCGGCUUCACGCCGCUCGAGCUGCUGCUGCGCCAGCUGGGCCGCGACGCCGGGGCCGCCCCCGCCGCCGGGGUCCCCGCCACCACCCCUGGGGAGCCGCGCCAGCGCCGCCUGCUGCUGCUCGACCUGCUAGCGCUGUACACACCUGCGGGCGCCACCGGCCUGGCCCGCCGCGAGCUGCUGGGCGACCGGCCGCGCUGGCAGCGGCUGCUGGGCGAGGACAAGUUCCAGUGGCUGGCGGGCCUGGCGCCGCCCUCGCUCUUCGUGCGCGCCAUGCAGGUGCUGGUCACCGCCAUCUCUCCUGGCCGCUUCCCCGAGGCCCUGGACGAGCUGCCGCUGCCGCCUUUCCUGCAGCCGUUGGACCUCACGGGCAAGGGCUAGACACGGGCGCAGCCGAGGUGCUGAAUUUUGGGACUAAACUAUUUUUCAGAGCCUGUAACUGGCACUUUACAUAUAUUGAUCUCUCUAUA